CGCAGGUUUGUGUGUUGUUAAACAGGAAACGUUGAGAGGCGUUAGCAGCUAGCCUGUUGGCUACCACCACUACACACAGAAACUUAAACACAGCAAACCAUUUAUCUGAAGAAGGGAAUAAAGAGUACCGUCUGCCCGGUUUAUUGGUUUUAUCGGUGGGACCGACAUGUCAGAGACGUACGAUUUUCUGUUUAAGUUCCUGGUGAUUGGCAGCGCUGGGACUGGAAAAUCAUGCCUCCUUCACCAGUUCAUAGAGAACAAGUUCAAACAGGACUCUAACCACACCAUUGGUGUUGAGUUUGGCUCCAGGGUUGUCAACGUUGGCGGAAAAACGGUGAAACUGCAGAUCUGGGACACGGCUGGGCAGGAGCGCUUCAGGUCAGUGACCCGCAGUUACUACCGUGGUGCAGCAGGGGCUCUUCUCGUUUAUGACAUCACAAGUCGGGAAACCUACAAUGCUCUAACUAACUGGCUGACGGACGCACGGACGCUUGCCAGCCCCAACAUCGUCAUCAUCCUGUGCGGGAAUAAGAAGGAUCUGGAUGCGGACCGUGAGGUCACCUUCCUAGAGGCGUCUCGUUUUGCCCAGGAGAACGAGCUGAUGUUUUUGGAGACGAGUGCUUUGACAGGGGAAAACGUAGAGGAAGCCUUUCUCAAAUGUGCUCGCAACAUCCUCAACAAGAUUGAGUCAGGCGAGUUGGACCCGGAGCGGAUGGGUUCUGGGAUCCAGUACGGUGACGCGUCCCUGCGGCAGCUCAGACAGCCCCGGGGCUCUGCCGCACAGACCAAGCAGCAGUGUAACUGUUAGGGGCCUGGACACCCUGACCAAUACUUGUCAUCAGACCAUACACACACAACCUCCCCCCUCAGCUCCGGGUGUCUCUGGGUUUGUACGCCCCCACUCCCAAAUGUGACCCUUCCACACCCAGACACAUCUGGAUCAUUUGUUAUGAAGUCCAUCUGCAACCUUUGACCUCUGACCUCAGAAAGCUGUUCACCUAGGACAGAUCUCCCUGACUGCCUAGCGAGGGCCACGGGCAGUAGAGGUGAAUCCGACUCUGUGUGUGUGUGUGUGUAACUUCUCCUGUGAUUCUUACACACACACUUCCUUCUUGUGAGGUCAAACAGCCAUCAUAUAGACUCCACUAGACUGGGAUAAACCAAUCAACAACACAAGUAACAUUCCUAGGUCUUAAACUAGAUAUUGCUGAAUCAUUUUUAUACAUUGUGACAAAUCAGACCUUUGUUGGAUUGGUUCAUUUGAAUGUCCCCUUCUUGGUUUAGUUUCCAUGUUCCCAAAAAACGACCAUAUGAUUGCUCCAUGCAUGUUAGUCUGCAUUUUUAACUGAAAAAAUGUAAUAAUAAUAAUAAUUUAGAGCUAAAAAUUGGUCUUCUGUGAGAAAGUAAAGCUCAUAAAACCCUUUAUGCACUCAGAUAUGUACCCUGUUGCAUUGCCCAUGCAUUUAAAGAGCUUUUGAAAGCCCAAAGAAGAUCUUCUAAUUCGCUCAACACUAUCUGGCGCAUAUCAGAUGUUUACCGCCACCCCGCUCUGGCUUGGGCCGGAGGUUAUCGUCUGACUUAACCUCACCUGUCAUUUGCACGGGCCGCUAAUGGCUAAAUCGUUUAUUAAAAUGUAGGACUACGACUCAAUCAGGGUUUGUCCAAAAAAAAUGAAAAAUGCGUACAAAUAUCAAUCAUUAAAAUGAAAAUUUUGGGCUCUGUAUGGGUGAAUCUCCCAAAGAACGUGCAUGUCAUAUCAAUAUCAAUUAGAUUUGGGGUAUUUUGACUUUGCAUCAAUUAAGCACAUUUGGUUCCCAAAGUUUCCUUACAAUAAUGUGACAAAAUAAAUGAGUAAAUUCUAAAAUAAAUUAUGCUGAUUUUAAACCUGAAAAAAUAUUUUUUAUUGCUUGAUUAUCGUAACGUGAAUAUGAUUUUUAAUGCUUAAUUUUCUGAUAUAAAAGUUACAGUGCAUAAAAACAAAAAUCAUAAUAGCGACCAUAAUUUCUUGUGAUUUUUCGAACGAAACCGCUCCCAGGCAUUUCUUUGUGAGAUUCAUCCCUUUUACUUUUGCGUUCGAGUCGUGUAAUAAGCGAAACAAGGUAUAUUAUUAGAACGGAAGAACAUAAUUCAUCUUACACUUGAACUAGUGCACAUAUUUUGGGUUCGCUGUUUGCCCUGGUUACCCAUGACAGGGAGAUCUAGAGGUGAUGACCGGCACGGUGCCCCGUUCCCUCAGUGACAUCAUCAUUAUGCGCCACAGACAGACCUGUUUUGAUCUGUGUUUUAUGAACCGUCUAUGUGAUGUGUUGUUUUUCUUUCUUUUUCCCUCUGCAAGUGCACUUUUUUUGACUGUUUAUAUACUGUACCUAUAGAAUUGUAAAAUUUAUAGUAAUUUAAUGAUAUUAAAUGAGAGAAUAUUGUUUGAGGAGUGAUCAUUCCUUACUAAAGAACAACUAGUCCGACCCCAUUUCAGCGGCAAGGAGUCAACAGCUGUGGACAAGAAUAUGCUUUUAGUUGUAAAUGUGGAGUGAGUCAUCAUAUCUCUUAGUACAAACACAGCCUUAACUGACUAACCACAUGAUUGUUCUACACCACACCACAUUUGAUCAUGGCCGUCUCGCUCUCAUAAUUGUCCAAGCUUUUUAAAAUGCACUUAAUCUGUUAUGUCCAUUAUUUUCCCCACUUUUACCAAAUGUUUUAAACCACUUAUAUUCAACAAAAUUGACUCAAAUUGAAGGAAUAUUCACAGAUACAAGUUAAGAGUUACAGAAAUUCGA